CGGGAAGAGAAAAAAAACACCUCGCCCUGUCCAGUUUAGACAGAAACAGAAAGAACAAUGCGUUGAAAAAAGAUAUGAAGUGAAAUUCCUCUUUCCACCGCCUACACAGGCGCCACCAAGUCGUAGCAGCUGAAUUGUCGGGGCGAAGAGAGGUAGUUACUUGUGCCCUCACAACUACUGCACACCGCGGCAACUACGAAUUGUCUGUUGCCGGUAGCGGCAAUUUCUUCGUGCCGGUUUGCGCGAUAGUGGAGAUCGCAGUUAUUUCGCCAGUGGUUUGUUGCUUUCCGCGAACGAAGAAAAUUCUGGGAGGUGCAUCGCAAAAACCCUCCGACGCACCAUCAUUGCGGGGGUAAUCACCAGCUCUUGCAACAGCGCCGAGUUUUGCUGUUUUUCUAGCCGCUGACCGUAAGGGAGGACUCGCGCGAAGUGAAUUAUUUCCUGGUCCUCCGCGAGAGCAAGCCUUCGUGGGUACUACGGCACUGGUACACCCCGCUUUUGCAGCGGGAAUACUAGGUACGUCACGGACGGAAUUUUACUUCUUCAGCUACCGUAGUUCUGCUUGCAGCGUAAAAAAGUUGGAAAACCCGACGGGACAGAAAAUCGGGAAAGAAAAACCACGUGAAGGAAGCAGUAUUUUUUGCGAAAAGUAGCCGAUAACGUCGCGGGUGCACUCCUUCCGACGACGUGUUGGUUGCGAUCUCGUCCACACGACCUCCCGCGCACGGACUUAACAACCGAACGCGGCAGUGAAGUACUCAUCCUCGGCGUAGGAGCCGGUAUCCAAAAAAACUAGUCGAAGAAAAAGCACGACCAUCAUGCGGGUCCUCGUGCACUGCCACGGUGAGAAAUUCACCGUGAACAUCGGGGAUGGAAAACAGCACGUCAGGUGGCUCGGCUUGGUCACGGCGUUGCGGUACCAGAAACUGAAGCACCAAUUCCGAAUCCCGGUGCAGGUCAGGAACAGCGAGGGCACGGUGCUGCGACCAAGAAUGCCCCUCUGCGAGGAGAUGACAGACUUAGCGGAGGUGUACGUAGAUCUGCGGGAAGGGGCGGAAAAUAUGACAGCGCACAAUUCCCUCUCCCCCUCCUUUGUCAUGCAAAACCGCGACUCUAGUCGCUGCCUUUUGGCACUGUUUGCAUGACAAGUUGUGGUAGCCCAAAUAGCACUACAUUCUAGUGUAAAUUUGUCAUGCAAAACCGGCACUCUUGCUGAUGCUUGUAUAAUUGCCGUUCAUGCUAUACAAAUGAGGGGGAGGGGGAGUUGUCCACUGUCAUAGAAAACACAAAUAACGCAGAAGAGGGCGGGCUGGGGACCAGUGACUACACGCUGACAUGGUAUAAACAGAGUUUGAGUUAUUUCAUCUGGAUUCUACUUUUCGCUUGUGUGUCUGUGUUUCAGUGCUCGCUUUUCUUUGGUGAUAGCAGCAAGUACGAACGUGCAAUACACUAUAACGACCGCUGAGUUCUUGUACAACUAAACUAAUCGGCAAAAAUCAGGCAAGACGAGGCAUACGGUCCGUCUUCUUCCCUCCGGAUCUGCAAAUUCCAGUAUCCCAGAGUAAAAAGCCGGCAGGGCAUAUUUGUAAUGCAAAAGCAAAAUAAACAGAAAAAUCGUUCAUGCAUGGGUGACCCCUUAGCAUGCUGUUUAGGACACGUAAUACAGAUCUUUUUGUCUAUUCAUUUUUGCAAUACAAAUAUGAUCUGCCUGAUGUUUCCGUAGGAUAUCCAGUGGAAAAUCGCAAGUAACGCGUAUGACAUGCCGAUCCCGACAAAAAUCCGCGGGGAGUAUACCGUCGCGAGUCAGUGGACCGGGAUAUUUCCGUAUGCACAAGAAAGUCCAACGUCCCGUACACGUGCAAAUACGGAGGUUUCCGCAUGCCGAAAAUGGAUAUCAGCGCUAUUUGGCAUGACAAGUAGUAUCACACUCUAAGUUGCUGCCGAUGAAAUUUGUGAUGCAUUUUGCACGUGCACAGCGCGAUUGGAGCAAAUUUGUAUUGCAUACUCCGCAGAAGGAGUUCGGCGGGAAGUUCGAAAUCCCCCUCGAUCCGGUGGAUUUGGGCGACGGUAACAUCGACUGGAUAGCAAUCAUAUCAAUUGCAAAUAUGUCUGGGUCUGGAAGGUUGUAACUUGUCAUGCCAAAUCUCAAUCACUGAAAAAUCUGUGUUGCAUGAACGCCAGAAGCUCCCCUCUUCUUGGUAGGCAGAAGGCGGAUUUCUCAUGCGGAAUAGGCAUGAGGAAGGUCUUGCAAAACCUGUCAUGCGUCUGUGUGCAUUCCAGACCAUGCAUGUGGUCCGCGAGAUGCAUGACAAAUCUUGCACCCUUCCAGACCAAGACAUAUUUUCACUGGAUAGAUCAAGCACGCGCCACCAGGGACCGCCAAGUACUUGUUUCUCCUCGAGGAUGGGAGCGAGACUGUGUGCAAAGCACUGCCAGAACGUAGGAUUUUUUAGGAUUUUGAUUUUAUUUGUCAUGCGAUGUAGUGUGGUAUCAACCUCCAAUUUGUGAUGCAGCAGCACACCGUGGAAGGUAUCUAUUAACAAAAGCAAAAGAAAAUAUCAGAUACGCUUUCCGGCGACGGGUCCCAUCACAUUGAAGACUUUCCUAUCAAGAGCAAAAAUGUCUGGGUCUGGAAGAAUGCAUGUUUGUCAUGCUUGUCUGGCAUGACUCUUAAAUCUGUCAUGCACGUUACCUUAGAGCUCCAUUUUUCUGUGAUGCAGGAACGCAGUUUGUCAUGCAGAAUAGGCAACACCUAGAAGCUCAGAAACUUGUCACGCUGAGCCAGCAUUUGUGGCCUCAUCACGAGACGCCACCCAGCAUCACAAGUUUCCAGACCCAGACAUUUUUACAUUUGAUUUCUCCCUGGGAGGUGCCAAUCGCCGCGGACCCGGUUCCAGAUGCGGACUCAAGACCCAGCACGGCAUCUUAUCCUGAGUCAAAGCAUCCCCACCCCAGAGUCAAGAUGGGGAUUUUGCAACACAAGCCUAGAACUUUUGGGGGUCUCGCAUCACAAGUUGCAGUCCGUAAUGUAGUGCAGUUUAGCAAGGCCAACCGCAUCAGAAAUCCAUCUCCUUAUCCUGCUUACAGCAUUACAAAUGCCGAAGCACGACUAGAAAUGCCUCCCGUGGCGAUGCGCAUUACAAAUGGUCCUGUCAUUGCAAAUCUGCAUGACAACUCUGGGGUGGGGACAUUUUUACUCAGGAUACAUCUAGUGUAGACGGAGCGGAAGUCGACCCAAGAUUUGAUGAAGACUGGGACUCGCUGAAACUCAGGUACAAAUACGAAACGGGUCUAAUCUUUGUGAAGAUGGUUGAAGGAGUCUGAAAUGCAGGACUGUGCAUGACAAGACCCCGCCUUCUCAAUGAAAGCCUGUGCUAGUAUACAGACAAAAAACCUUCACUGCAGGUGGAUCGAGCCGCACAUGAAACUCCGAGUAAAAGACGUGCUGAAGGAGUUCUACAGCAUCCUGGUGGACGUAUCCUAAGCAAAAACGUCCCCACCCCAGAGUUGUCAUGCACAUGUGCAAUUACAGGAGCAUUUGUAAUGCGCAUCCCCAUGAGAGGCGUUUCCAGUUGUGUUUUGGAACUUGUAAUGCUGUAGACAGCAUAAGGAGAUGGAUUUCACAUGCGGCUUCCCUUUCCAAACUGCACUACACUAUGGGCUAAGUCUUGUCAUGCGUGACUGCCAAAACUUCCAGGCUUGUGUUGCAAAAUCUCCAUCGGCAACUCAGGGGUGGGAACGUUUUCACACAGGAUAUGACCUCUACGACAGUUACGCUUUCAUGGGACUCGACUUGGCGGUAGAGGACCCAACGGCCCAGUCCGCGCACACCAUAUCAACUGCAAAUAAAAUGUCUGGGUCUGGAAGAUUCUAAACUUGUGAUGCUGUCUCUGGAUUCUAAAAAAAAUUGUAUUGCAUGACCAGCAAGAGGGGUAUAAUUUUAAUUUGUGGUACACGGACAGGGCAUUUCUCGUGCGGAAGGUGCAUCAGGAGGCUCUCUAAAAGUCUGCGAUGCUAGGUCAUGCAUUACAGGCGUCAUGGGUCAUGAGAAAUAUGCAUGGCAAAUCUUGCAUUCAUCUUCCAGACCCAGACACUUUUUCAGUUGAUACACCAUCGGCUUAGACGACGUCACCCAUUUACUCCAACAGGCUCACUUAUCAAAUGUAAAAAUGUCUGGGUCUGGAAGAAUGCAACUUGUGAUGCUAUUUUUGGAAUCCAAAAAAAUCUGUAUUGCAUGAGCAACAAGAGGCGUCCAGUUUUUGCUGCGCGGAGAGGGGAUUUCUCAUGCGGGGUAGGCAUCAAGAUGCCCGCAAAAAAUUUGUGAUGCUGGUGCAUACAUCACAGACAUCACGGGUCAUUCAAAAUGUGCAUGACAAACCUUGCAAUCUUCCAGACCCAGACAUUUUUACAUUUGAUACCACUUGCUCUCUAAGGGAACCCACGUGCCGAAGAACCUCGGGCAGAACGAGAAAAAACACAUGCCGAUUCCUAUGGUGAGCAAAAGCGUCGCCACCCCAUAGUCAAGUUGGUAAGUCUGCAACACAAAUCUCCAAGUUUUGGGAUUUGUGCAUGACAAGCUUUCAUCUGUAGUGUAGUUCUAGUUAGCAAGGGAUAUUAGCCGCAUCGCAAAGACGCCUGCUUAUGCUGUUUACAUCAUCACAAAUCUCAGAACGCGACUACAAAUAGUUCUCAUGAUGGGGAUGCGCAUUACAGAGGUUUCUGUAGAUGCAAAUCUGCAUGACCGCUACGGGAUGGGAACGUUUUUACAUAGGACAAUUCCGUUCGGCGACUUGGUGAAGUGGUACCAGGAGAUAUGCAAUGUAAAUUUCCCGUACAUGUACAAAAUGCAUGACAAAUUUCGCUAACUUGCAGUGUACAACUUGUCAUGCUAGACUAGGAUUGAAGGCAAGUUCUGUCAUGCAGAGACUGCAUUUGUACGGGAAAUUUACUGUGGAUAGGAAACCACGCAGGUGCGGGACGGAAAACCGUAUUUGUCGCAAAGGUAUGGAUUGCAAAUAUGUCUGGGUCUGGAAAAGUGGAACUUGUAAUGCUGUCCGCGGAUUCUAAAAAUGUCUGUGUUUUCCUUUAGCAGCAAGAGGAGUCAGUUCCUGGCACGCGGAGAGGGCAUUUCUCAUGCGUCAUCAGUAUCAAGAAGCUCUCAAAAUGAAAUCUGUGAUGCUAGCACCAGCAUCACAGACCUCACGGGUCAUACAAAAUGUGCAUGACAAGCCCCGACUCUUCCAGACCCAGACGUAUUUGCAUUCCAUAAAAGGCUGCAGCGAAAUCACUACUUGGAAAUUCUCCUCCGAGUAGCGCACUGGACCAUGUGCGAACACCCCAACGCGCAGAAAACCGCGCAGAUGCAACAGAUGCCACUCGACGAGGGGUUGUUUAGGUAGAUAAUAAGUCCUUUUGCUUUUCGCGAUGAUUGAUUUUCGUGUUUGUCAUGCGGAGCCUCGUAGGGUAGAUUGUUUUGUGAUGCUGGAACAGAUAAUGUGUAGAAGUGAAGUUCCGACGAUGUUAAAUCAAAUACAAAGGUUUCUGACCGACAUAUUAAUUCCCGUAAUGGACGUGUACGACGAGGAUCCGCUGCGGAAAGACGCCGUGCAGCACGAAAAUCUUGUCGCCAUCCAGAGGGCAAGACCAAGUAUAGCAAUUUUAGUGCUGGUGGGAAGAUACCAGAUUAUGAUUGCCAGCUUCUGAGCAGGCGUUGGAGUUUGUCAUGUUGAUCAUGUACUUCUACAUCUACUUACUCUCCAAGACAAUUGCCAAUUUGCAAAGCAUACGGCUUCUAUCUAAAUCUACUCCCUCGACGAAAUCAAAACCCACCAGAUCUCCGGUCCAUUUACUCUUUCCUGGCGCAGCACGUGGACAUGCUGGGUGAGAGGGUUUUGACCGAGGACAUUUUGAAAUUUGUGUGGGAGUACGGCAAGACACUGGCGGCAGAAAGUGCGGGGGACGAUCAAUAUGUCGACGUGUUUCAACAGGAGCUGAAGAGGUUAGGAGAACCAGCGGUACUAUCAUAGACUUACUUAGGGUAGUUCUUGAAUGUUUUGUGUAUCAUGGCCUCCUGCAUGAGAAACGACGACGAUGAGGGGCGCGUAGCAUGACAAAAAAACUGUGACCAAUUCUUUAUUCCAUUUAAACUACAGCUCUCCCACAUCCUUAACAUGACGUCCGACACGAUCGAUCUGGUGUGCAAAAAGCACCUCGAGUGCGACGCGAAGUCUCUGCUCUUCUGGGAAUUCUUCGAGAUGGUGAUGCACUACAGUCGCUCGAUCUUUCAGCAGCGCGGCGACGCGGGGAACUUGGGCCUCCACGUUGUCAUCACGCAGGUCGUUGGGGUUUUGUCGGCGAUCGUAAAAGUGAUUGACGCCAGAGGCGUGCCGCUGCCGGGGGAGCAGGAGGGGUGAGGGGGAGUUGGACUUAGAGUGUGGAGCCAUUGUUCUGCGGUGUUGCAUUAGCACUGCUCACGUGUUGGUGCACAAGAAGACUAGACCAUUAUUUCCUAUUUGAAUCACAGUAAAUCGCAAAGUCGCUAUUACAAUUGACACAUUAGAUGAGAAUCAAAGAACUCCUGGCUGCAAGCACCCUCUGCAGCAGACUUGUGGAUUAGAGAUUACAGAUUACAGACAGCUAUCGAGAUGACACAGGAAAUUGUUAUUUAGGUUAUUCCGAUCAAAGACAGAAUCCGCAGGGCUAUACCGGAUUUUCUUCGGUCACUGCUGGAAAAGAGUAAGGUAACGGAGAAGUACUACAUCCAGUUAAGAAUGCUUUGUACUAUUUUGAGAAUAUUGAAACUUGUAAAACGCUCCACCCCUGUAUCCAAAUUCGAAU